UAUUAGUAGCGAUUACAUCGUCCAUCACAUGACAACCUUCGAUGCAAAAAUUAAAAAAAUUGACAGAUGAUCUUAUUUUUAGAAAAACUAAAAAUUUCUCUUCGGUUUCAUCGAACCAUAACUCACUGAAAAACUCCUAAUAAAACCCACAAAAAACACAACCAAACAGUGCUUUUCACAAAGACAAGAACAGGGGAGGAGAGAGAAAAUACCCACAAAAACAAAAAUAAAAGGAUGAUGAUGAAAUUAUCAUCAUGCAACGUAUUAACUGACAAUAUUCAAUCUUUAACUCAAUGCAGUUUCUGGGCUUCUCCUAAAUUUCUUCCUGAAUUGAAUCGCCGACGAAACGUUUCUGUUUUGUGCUCCUCUGCAUCGAAACGGCCCGAUCUAUCUCUAUCAGUUUCAACCACUACUAACAAUGGCGUUACUCAAACCGGGUCGGGCCCGAUUGGGUUAGCGGACCGGCUCCGGUUGGGUAGCUUGACUGAAGAUGGGUUGUCUUAUAAAGAGAACUUUAUUGUGAGGUCUUAUGAAGUUGGGAUUAAUAAGACUGCUACUGUUGAAACCAUUGCCAAUUUGUUACAGGAAGUGGGCUGCAACCAUGCUCAGAGUGUUGGGUUCUCAACAGAUGGAUUUGCAACAACCCCUACUAUGAGAAAGCUUCAUCUCAUAUGGGUGACGGCACGCAUGCACAUCGAGAUAUACCGAUACCCAGCUUGGAGUGAUGUGGUUGAGAUAGAGACUUGGUGCCAGGCAGAAGGAAAAAUUGGGACUAGACGUGAUUUCAUCCUUAAGGACUAUGCAAAUGGUGAAGUUAUCGGAAGAGCUACUAGUAAGUGGGUGAUGAUGAACAUGGAUACUAGAAGGUUGGAGAGAGUUACUCCUCAAAUUGCUGAUGAGUAUUUGAUUUACUGUCCAAAAAAGCUUCGAUUAGCCUUUCCUGAGGAAAACAACAAAAGCCUGAGGAAAAUACCGAAGCUGGAAGAUCCUUCUCAAUAUUCAAAAUUAGGGCUAGUGCCUAGAAGAGGGGAUCUGGACAUGAACCACCAUGUAAACAAUGUCACCUACAUUGGAUGGCUUUUGGAGAGUACGCCUCAAGAACUUACCGAAACACAUGAGCUACGAAGCAUCACCUUGGAUUACAGACGAGAGUGUCAACAUGAUGAUAUUGUAGAUUCUCUCACAAAUCCCGAACCAAUUAACGGAGCCGGAACCAUCUCACAGCUAAGAGGAACAAAUGGGACUCCAGCAUCAACUAAAAACGAAGAUGGUAGUCUUCAGUUCUUACAUCUACUGAGAUUAUCUACUGAUGGGUCUGAAAUAAACCGAGGACGCACUGAAUGGAGUCGGAAGCCUCAGAGACAAUGAUGAAUUCUUUUCUUGUUCCUGUUUUUUGUUGUUUGUUUCACUACAUACUAGUGAUUUGAGGUGGAUAAUGCAUUUAAUUAUUUGGUGUUUGUUGCAUAAAUAGUAGAUAGAAGGAAGAACAUCAACCCUUUGGAGGGUAAAUUGGAUUUGUAUGUAUCAAGUGGUACCUCUACCGUGUUGAAUAUUCUAUUGGAAGUGUUCCCAAGUAUGUGAUGCAUUAUUCUGGUAAA